AUGUCUGACUCGACCACAAUCCUAUUCGUUCCAGGCGCAUGGCAUAGUCCGGAAUGUUUCGAUCUAGUCAUCCAGCAACUCGAGGCGGCCAACUACACCCCGCGAAAGAUUCACCUACCGUCGGUCAACCCGCGACAGCAUUACCUCAGUUUCGAAGCUGAUGUCGCGCUGAUUCGUGCUCAGAUUGAAGAUGCAAUCGGGGACGGCCGUCAGGUGCUGCUGGUCGUGCAUUCCUACGGGAGUCUGCCAGCGAACGAGGCGAUUCGAGGGUUGGACAGCAAGACCCGCCACGAGAAAGGGCUGAGAGGAGGGGUCUCCCGUCUGUUCUUCUGCUGCUCGUUUGUCAUCGCCGAGGGACAUUCCCUGAUCAGCGCUUUUGGCGGGGAUGAUCUCCCUUGGUUCAUGGUGUCGAAGGACCGACUCGAGGUUCGGCCAGCCACUCCGGACGAAGUAUUCUACAAUGACUGUGAUGAGCAACGGACUGCAAGCGCGGUGGCAGCUCUGAGACCCCACAGUUACCAGACUUUCCACAGUCCGUGCACCUAUGCGGCGUGGAAGCAUGUUCCCAGUACCUAUCUAUACUGUCUUCGAGAUGCGGCUAUCCCGAUAGCGGUGCAGAGGAUGAUGGUCGAGGGGACGGCGAAAGGCUAUGGGUUUGAGACAGAGACUCUUGAUGCGUCUCAUAGUCCGUUUUACAGUCAGCCUGAGGGCUUGAGCGCCGCGAUUCGACGUGCUGCUGGUGAAGAUCUUUGA